GCCGACGCGGCGGUUCGACGAGGCUCCGCGCGAGGGCCGGCGCCGGCGACGACAGGAGGAGACUCCAGUGCGGGCCAUCGCUGCUGUGUACCCGGCCGCCGCUCCGCUCCAAGAGGAAGACUACUCACGAGCUACAUCUCCUCUCGCGGUACCCGCGCCGUCCUCCGCGCCAUGUGAGCGCCUCCAGUCCUCACAGAGUCCUCCCAGCAUCUCUCAAACCGUCCUCCGAGCUCCCAACUCCUCUACAAUGGCGCUGCCUCCUCUGGCGCCGCUCUCUCCACUCCCUGCAGCCACUGAUGACGACGGAGGGGAUCUCACCAGUCUGAACUGGUUACAGAACCUGAACCUGGCUCCCCUGUCCACCCCGCCCACCCCUCCGGCCUCCCCGCCGGCAGACUCGGCGAGGGAACGGAAAAAGAAGAAGGCGGAUGUCGAGCUGCCCAACAUCAACUACAAACAGUGUUGCGUGAAGCCACCUUACUCCUACGCUACGCUUAUCAUUAUGGCGAUGGAGGAAAAUAAGAAUAAAAUGACUUUGGCAAGUAUCUACAAGUGGAUUAAGGAGAAUUUCGUCUACUACAAGUCGGCAGAUCCCAGUUGGCAGAACUCGAUCCGACACAACCUGUCGCUCAACAAGUGCUUCAUGAAGGUGGCGCGCUCCAAAUCCGAACCCGGCAAAGGCGGCUUCUGGCGACUCGACCCUGAAUACUCCAACAACAUCGUCAACGGCGUGUUCAAGAAGCGACGUCCUCCGUUCCUGCGGCCGGGAUACACAAAGCGGGUACGACAGCGCACGCCAGCCGCCGCCGCGGCUCCGGCGGUCGCGCCGCCGUGUCAGACUCGCCUGGAGCCGUUGACACGUGCCACGGUGUGGGACCCCACGACAGGCCAGGAGGUCGAGGUGGACGGGCUCUGCUUCACCACCACCGACCAGUCACAGCAGCUGCUGACGCCGGCCACGCUCUCCAUGAUCGAGCUCAGUCCGGAGAGUCUGGCCGGCGGCGAGGAGCUGGGUGAGUUCAGUCACUCGGAGCUCAGCGACGCCUCCAGUGAGAGUCCCGACUCGCUAGCCAGCAGUCUGGACCUGUCGCUGUACGCCGGGGCGGCGCAGCACGGCGCGCUGCCGGCCGCGCCGCUCCACGCCUCCGAUCUGCUCUCCCUGGAGCCGGCGGUGCCGUGUCACGCGCCUCUGCCCGGCUACACGUCACAGUGGGAGAUCAGCAGGGCGCUGGGUAUGCUCGACCCCAACCUCGACCUGGAUGGUCUGAUCGAUAUGGAAGGCAUGGUCACCAGCAUGUAGACGAAGGAGAGAAGCUGCAACAGCGGUCACUGCUGUGAAGCAGACACUGGACGUGGGGAGGUGAAAUGCCGUUGAAGAUUGCGACGAAGGAAUGCAAUAGGCAAACCGAUGGAAAGCUUGCUGGUUGCAGGGAGUUCGAAGGAUGAGGUUUGCAGAUGGAGAAAGGCAAAGUUGACGGUAUUGUAGGUUGUAGUCUUCUUUGUGACGCACCUCGCAUCGUCGUGGUGUGAAGGAUUUUCAAGACAGGUGGACUUCUAGUCAGGCUCACAGGCCACGAGCUCUUCAGCAACGACAUCUAGUCAUCGCAGCAAGGCGAUCCCUUCCUCUAGUCUCAAACGGGACUACAGUGUAGUCUCUUGGACCCAUAUACUCCGUUCAGUCGCACUUUUGUCGCCAAUAGCGCAACGUCGCUUAGGUGUGGCACAAUGAACGCAAACAUCUGUGAAAUUCGUAAAAUGAAGAGGUGCGAUUUGAAGCAUCACACCCAGUGUUUGCGGUUCUGGAAUCUGCACCCACACAGUGAGACAGAAAAGGUAUUGUUUCUCGAGGACCUCUGAGCCUGUGUGGCUCUGACGCAGAUAAUCAGUGCUGAAGUUUGCUGCUGUGUGUCUGUGGCAGCGACUGGCAGCAUUCCGCAGUGACCGGCUGCGGAAACCAACGAAAGGGUGCCAGGGCGCGCAGCCCGCGCGUGGCACCCGUGUGUGUGUGCGUUUGUGUGUUGCAGUGUGUUUGCACACACUAUCCGUCCCAGCCGCGGCCGAGAGUGGGGUGGGAGAAUCGUCCCGUUGGACGCCCCACCGUCGGCGGCCGCGGUCAUUUUCUGAACCGUCCGAUGCUGUACAAAGACUGCAGACUUGUGACCGACUGGCGGAGAUAUUUCGGCGCCAGUCCGGUUACAUGAGAUGUGUGCUGAAGUGAUGUGUAUAUUUUUAUUGUGAGGUGGUGUGAGGCUCAUUUGUGCUGCUCGAGUUUGCAUCUCCAUUCACGUGGCACUUGUUUAGAUCUCGCCUGGCUUAGCGCAAUAACGGACGCAAAACGGCACAAUAUUUUACAUAAUUAUGUGACCGAAAUUGGUGAUAUUUUGCACAAAUUGUACCGUUUGACGUAAGGCCAAGAAUUGGGCCUUUACCUCACAUUUCGUGUCACUGAAACAAAAACCUUGUUCUUUUUAUUCUGAUCAGAGCUGUUCCGCUAAUCACUGAUCCAAGUGGCCACUUCUUCGCCAAGUCCUCGUUUCUCACUGAUUGAUAAUGUGUUGGUGCAGGCUAUGUGUGUGUGUGCGCUGAGUGUGUGGAUGUGUUGUUGAGGUUCUCUGAACGUCACAUUUGUUGCAGUGGAGAGUUUUGGUGAGUCUUCCUGGUCGUAUGCCUCUGGUGUGAGUGUAGCUCUGUUGAGUGUAACUCCGUUCGUGAGUGUAACUCCGUUCGUGAGGGUAACUCCGUUUGUGGGUGUAACUCCGUUUGUGAGUGUAACUUCGUCACCCACACUGGUUUAGAAGGGCACUAGCCGCUAACACAUCAUACCCUCUGGAGCAGCUUCGAUGCCAUAUUUUCUUGCAUUGGUUGCUGUAUCGGUUGUUUUCCUUCUACUUUUCUUUCUUUUCCAUUCUGAAGGGUUUGCAAGAUAUGUAACGUUGCAAGUUUCUCAAAACUUAAGACUUAAGAGAAAGGUUCCCAAAAUACCUCUUAGAUAUAUUGUUUCAAAUUUUGGGUAUGUUCUCAAAAAGAGAUGGAAAUCAAUCACUAUUUAAUCAGUCGUGACAAGUCCGUUCAACCAGCCAAGGAACCUACCAUUUCAUUCAGUACGGACUACGGGCCGCUUCAUAAAUGAAUACUCAACAUUCAAUAUCAACGAUAUUACAUCAUUGUUCAAAAUGAGGUGGAAAAUACUGAUUUCGCGACAUUUUUCUUCUCAUACAAAAGGGCAUGAAUUGUCAUAACUAUGAAUGGGGAUUGUUUGUUUUGUUGUUACCUGCCUGGGAACAUGAAUUCAGCGUUUUGGUAACACCCAAACGGUGGUGAUCAGACCUACUUAAGAAAUCUUUUCACUAGCGUAAGCAAUGGUCAGAAAGCAGCGCACAGUACGUGUUCUUUGUAGUUAUUUAUCAGCCCUAGUGUUGGCUAUCUUGCGUGUGUGAUUUGUUGAUAUCAACGAUAACGUGUUCUAAUUGCUGAGGUUAUGUACACCUCGGCUUGUCGCGUGUAUACUGUGUAUGAUGGUAACCGUGUCCGUCCAAAGUGAGUCCGGAUGACUCCGCCCAAAGUGAAUCCGUCCAGUGUGAAGUGAAUCCGUCCAGACACGGAGUACGUAAAGUGAGUCCGUCCGGUCGGAUCUGUUUCCGUCCGUCUAUGUGACCUGCUGUGUGGAGCUGAACUGUAUCCGUCCGUCUACUGUGUGUUCGUGCUGACCGAGACAGGCCCGUCCGUGGCCGAUCCGUGCGGUCCGUGCGGCCCUCCAGUGCCCGCAGACCGGGCCCGAGACAGUGUGGCUUAGCGCCGACAUGUACGAGCCUCACUGUUCAGUCUGGAGGCGAACAAUCGUUGUAAAUUUGCUUCUCAAUUUUGGACACAUUUCGUCUACCUCUGUUUUACCUAGGACCUGGUUUCUACUGCAGAAAUUGCCUGCGUGUUUGUAUUAUUUUUCUCCGAAACAUAGGUCAUUUUACGCGUGCCUUUUUAAUGUUUUUGUGUUUGAUUAAAUUGCAUGAUCAUAGGGUGUGUAGCAAACUAACUGCAGUUGUUCCCACCACACCACAGCGUAUAUCCGCUAGUAAAGCGGAAAUGAAGCUCCAAUUACAUGUGAUCUCAAUGUGUGUCCUCCAGUUCAGUUAUAUCCACACGAUCUCUUGUAAAUACAGGUUUGAAGU